AUGGAGUUCUUCAUGACAAUAUGGCUAAUAUUUCUUUACUGCAUCAUAUUCUUCAUUUGUAAGUUGGUUUCACAAAUGAGAAAUCAAUGCUGUUAUAUUUUGGCCUAUGAGUGUUAUAAGGCUCCUGAAGACAGGACACUUGAUACUGAAACCUGUGGGAAACUCAUCUUGAGGAACAAAAAUCUUGGUAUGGAAGAGUACAGGUUUCUGCUACAGGCUAUGGUCAAUGCAGGCAUUGGGGAAGAAACUUAUGGCCCAAAAAAUGUCAUUGCUGGAACAGAACAAUCUCCCAAUUUUUCUGAUGCACUUUCAGAGAUUGAUGAUAUAGUCUUUGGUACUCUUGACAAUCUCUUUGCUAAAACAGGAGUUUCUCCAUCAGAAAUUGAUAUUCUUGUUGUCACUGUCUCGAUGAUCUCUUCAGCUCCCUCUCUACCAGCUCGAGUGAUCAACCGCUACAAGAUGAGGGAAGAUGUUAAGGUCUUCAACCUAACUGGAAUGGGUUGUAGUGCAAGUGUUAUAGCUGUUGAUCUUGUCCAGCAUUUGUUCAAGACAUACAAGAAUGCAUAUGCAGUUAUUGUUAGUUCAGAAUCCUUGAGUCCAAAUUGGUAUUGUGGCAAAGAGAGAUCCAUGAUGCUCCCCAAUAUCCUGUUCCGGCUGGGAGGGUGUUCCUUGCUCUUGACAAACAAAAGAUCUCUUAGGCAUCAAGCAUUGCUGAAGCUGAAACAUUCGGUUCGAAUCCAUGCCGGUGCAAAUGAUGAAGCAUAUGGAAGUUGCACCAGAAUUGAAGAUGCACAAGGGUACUGUGGUUUCUUCCUAACUAAAAGCCUGCCAAAGGCUGCGGGUAAAGCUGUAACCAUGAAUCUCCGAGUUCUAGUACCCAAAAUUUUACCGCUAAGGGAACUUGUUCGCUAUGCAAUAGCAUCUUAUUGGAGAAGUAAGAGCAAAACUUCAACUCCUGAAGCAGCAGGAGCAAGUUUGAAUCUUAAGUCUGGCAUUGAGCACUUUUGCAUUCAUCCUGGUGGAAGGGCAGUAAUUGAUGCAAUGGGCAGAAGCUUGGGGCUGAAUGAGUGUGAUCUGGAGCCAACUCGAAUGGCACUUCACCGAUUUGGCAACACUUCAGCUGCUGGAAUCUGGUAUGUCUUAAGCUAUUUGGAAGCUAAGAAGCGGCUGAAGAAAGGAGACAGAGUUUUAAUGAUCAGUCUUGGAGCCGGUUUCAAGUGUAACAACUGCGUAUGGGAAGUAAUGAAAAACUGUGAGGAUGUCAAUGUCUGGGAAGACUGCAUAAGUCGCUAUCCUGUAAAAUCUACAGCCAAUACUUCUUUCCUGGAGAAAUACGGUUGGGUCAAUGAGUCAAGGAAUGAACAAUAGGUG